AGGCCCUCUGACUCAGCUGAUCAGCUGAUAACUCAGUGUUGCUGUUUAAAUCCCCUCGAUUCAAAACAUACCUCAAUUCAGUGACAAUUCUUGAAACAAAUAUUCAUUUACUACAUAUUUUCUAACCCUUUCUACCUUUGGGUUGUCAUUCAGGCCCAAUAAUCAUCAUCUUUUGUCGCUUCAGACAAGAAGUUUUCCAUUUGGCCAUGAACUCUUAUACCUUUGAUGGCAGCACUGUCUGUUAUGAUUGGGCAUGACAAUCUAAAUGGUCAAUUCCAAUCCUUCCAUUAGAGCCCGUUUCCACUUUCCAAUCAAAUUCAAGACCCCCCCAGGGACCACCCGAUUGCCAUUGCCUGUGGCGAGGACCCUCCCUCCUCUGGCCUCCACCAUGUUUGGCAUGAACUUUGCCUUUGAGGUGCCUCGAGGCCCGUUCCGCACUCAAUAUCGGUGUUUUUCCGUGUCCAUGUUACCCGGCAAUGAGCGCGAGGAUCUGGAGCAAGGCGGGAAGAUCAUCAUGCCGCCCUCGGCCUUGGACCAGCUCACCCGACUCAAUAUCGUCUAUCCCAUGUUGUUCAAGCUGACCAAUGCUGCUGCCAAUCGGACGACUCAUUGUGGCGUGUUGGAGUUCGUGGCGGACGAGGGCAAGGUGUACAUUCCUUACUGGAUGAUGCAGAACCUCACGUUGGAAGAAGGCGGGUUGCUGCAAGUGGAAUCCGCGUCCUUGCCCGUGGCUACGUUUGCCAAGUUCCAGCCGCAUUCCGUGGAUUUCCUGGACAUGACCAAUCCCAAAGCCGUUCUCGAGAAUCGCCUCCGACACUUUGCCUGCCUGUCCAAGGGCGAUGUGGUGGCCAUCAUGUACAAUAACCGCAAGUACGAGAUGAGUGUGUUGGAAACCAAGCCCGCGGAGGCGGUCAGUGUCAUUGAAUGCGAUCUGAACGUGGAUUUUGCCCCGCCCGUGGGUUAUCAGGAGCCCACUCGACCUCAAGCACGCACUCAGGACGAUGACGACGAUGAGCCCAUGGACGUGACCGAUCUGAUCCCUGAGCCUCAAGGUUUCUACGCAUUCAAAGGCCAAUGCAAUCGGUUGGACGGGAAGAAGCGGAACAACAGUGAAACGGAACUCAUGAAACCCAAAUUGGAUUAUGUGCGGGGCAUCCCGGACCACGACUACGAGAUCGGCACGUUACGGUUCAUUCGCAACUCCAAGCCGAAGAAAGACGAUGCCAACGGGAAGGCCGAGAGCAAAAACGACUUCGAGGCCUUCAAAGGUGAAGGUCAAUCUCUCAGACAAGCUAAAAGUAAUAAGAAAUGAGAACAACUACAAUAAUAAUAAUAACCACGAAAGCGCUCGUUAA